CCUCCUUUUUAUUUCUUCCGGACAAAACAACGCCACAUGUGAAAGGUUAUCUUUGUCAUUCCAUAGAGAAGUCGCAGACAUUUUCCCCCAAAAGCAUCCCCAUGCUGCUGUGCCGUAUCUCGGCAGUAAGCCGAACGCUAACGAGAUGGGGACGGAGGUCACACCGAGGAAGUGGCCUCCUCCACCGAUCCUUCUUGUGUAGCUCUAGCCGCUGUCAUGGUGUUUCUGCAGGCGAAGGCAACGCUCAGUCUGCAGAGCAGGGCUCUGCCCAGGGACUCUACCGGGACACCGUGAUCCUUCCCCGGACGGAGUUCCCAAUGAAGCUGACGGGACAGAAGCUACUUGACAGAGAAGUCCAAAUUCAGGAGAAGUGUGGCUUUGCAAGUCUGUACACUUGGCAAAGCGAAAGGAAAGGCACAAAGAAGUUUUGCCUUCACGAUGGACCCCCAUACGCCAAUGGAGACCCACAUGUGGGACAUGCGCUCAACAAGAUUCUGAAAGACAUCCAUAACCGGUUUGAGAUGCUGAGGGGCCGACAGGUCCACUAUGUCCCGGGUUGGGACUGUCAUGGUCUUCCUAUUGAGCUGAAGGCUCUGGGCGAGCUGGGUGCUGUGGAUCUCAGCCCUCUGCAGAUCAGGCGUCAAGCUCGUCAGUUUGCAAACGGGGCCAUCGAGCGUCAGAAGGCGGCUUUCCAGCGCUGGGGGGUGAUGGCCGACUGGGCCCAAUGCUACUACACCUAUGAUGGUACCUAUGAAGCCGCUCAGCUGAAAGUCUUCCAGGAGAUGCACAGCAAGGGGUUCAUCUACCAAGAUUACAAGCCUGUAUUUUGGUCUCCUUCAUCAAGAACCGCCUUAGCCGAGGCAGAACUGGAGUACAACCCUGAGCAUCUCAGCAAAACCAUCUACGCCACAUUCCCGCUGGUCACGCUGCCGCCUAAGAUAGCAUCGAAAACAGGUCAGGGUGAUGUUUCUGUAUUGGUGUGGACUACACAGCCUUGGACUAUUCCUGCUAACCAGGCAGUCUGCUACAUGCCAAAUGCCCAGUACUCCGUGGUGAGGAGAAAAGACAACUCCCAAUUGCUCUUAAUGGCCACUGAGCGUUCUGUCACUCUGGCAGGAGUGUUGGGAACAGAACUGGAGAGUGUCGCCACUCUCACCGGAUCGGAACUCGAGGGUGGGAUCUGCAAGCAUCCCACUCUUCCCGACAAGGAAGUACCGCUCCUGCCCGCUAAUCAUGUGACAAUGGCGAAAGGAACUGGAUUGGUCCACACAGCACCGGCUCACGGCAUGGACGAUUACAGCGUGGCUUCUCACUUUCAACUCCCCGUGGAGUGUAUGGUCGAUGAGGACGGCAAGUUCACAGAGCUGGCGGGACCGGAGCUUCAGCAUUUAUCUGUGUUUAAAGAAGGCAAUGAAAAAGUGAUCAACAUGCUGAAGGAUUGCGGGGCUUUGGCAAAAGAAGAGGAUUUUCUUCAUAGUUACCCGUACGACUGGAGGACCAAGAAACCUGUUCUUAUCCGGCCCAGCAAACAAUGGUUUAUUAACACGGGCUCACUCAAGGACAAGGCCAAGGACGCGCUGCAAAAAGUUCGCGUUUCACCAGAGUCGGCACGGAACAGCCUCGUGAGCACGCUGGACAAACGCACUUACUGGUGCAUCUCACGGCAGCGAAGCUGGGGAGUCCCCAUCCCCGUCUUCUACCACAAAGACACUGGCGAGGCGCUCAUCAACAAGCACACGGUGUCCCACAUUGCCGGACUCUUCAAGACAAAGGGCAGCGACUGUUGGUGGGAGCUUCCCAUGGACACUUUACUGCCAGCAAAUGUGCUCAAGAAGAGUAAAGCAGGACCAGUGAGCGACUUUGUCCGUGGAGAGGACGUGCUUGACAUCUGGUUUGACAGCGGAGCAUCAUGGGCCGCUGUCCUGGAAGACGAGCUGGAGUUUGAGUCUGAAGAGCCUGAGUCUCGUCUCAGCUGGCUCCCGGCGCCACUGCGCAAGCCGCUGGUCGCAGAGACAGACAGCCGAGCAGACGCGUACGUGGAAGGGAAGGACCAGAUCGGAGGCUGGUUUCUCUCGUCGCUGCUCACCAGCGUCGCCGUCAGGAACAAGGCACCUUACAAAUCACUGGUGGUCCACGGGUUUGCAGUCAACGAGAAGGGAGAGAAAAUGUCCAAGUCCCUUGGGAAUGUCGUGGAUCCGGAUGCAGUCAUCAAUGGCAGGAAGGACGGCAGCAUCCCAGCAUACGGGGCGGACGUGCUGCGAUGGUGGGUGGCAGAGUCAAACAUAUUUUCCGAAGUUCAGAUCGGACCUUCGGCCCUAACCUCAGCCCGAGACAACAUCAAUAAGGUCCGAAACACUUUGCGGUUCCUGCUGGGCAACCUGCACGGCUUUGACCCGCGGGUUCAGGCUGUGGAAGCCAAAGAGAUGAUGUACGUCGACCAGUACAUGUUACACCUGCUGCGCGAGUACAGCAUGAAGGUGACAGAUGCUUACAAUGAGUUUGACGCUGGCCGAGUCAUACGCCUCCUCCAAGCCUUCAUCGCCAGAGACCUCUCCAGCUUUUAUUUCAGCAUUAUCAAAGACAGGUUGUACUGCGAUCCGGAAGACUCGCUAGGCCGAAGAUCGUGUCAGACGGCCUUAGAGGAGAUUUUGGACGGGGUGAUGAGAUCCAUCGCCCCCAUCUUGCCUCAUUUGGCUGAAGACGUAUACACUCAUGCACCAGGACAUGAGGAAGAGGAAACGCUAUUCCGGAGCGGCUGGAUCAAAUCCAGUUCUGUGUGGAAGCAACCUGGACUGGAGGAGGCGGUGGAAGGGGCCUGCGCCAUCAGGGACUCCUUUUUGUCUUCUAUUCCGGGCAAAAAUGCGGCCCAGUAUGACCUCACCAUUGCCAUUGAGCCCGGGCUACUGUUUGAACUUAUGGAGUCUCUCCAAGAAGAUCCCUCAUCUACGUCCUCGCAACUUGUAGAACUCAUGAUGGCGGCUCGGGUCAACCUGAGCAGCGCCUUGCCUCGUGACCUACCUUCCGACACCCCCGUUAACCGCGGCACCUUCCUCAUCAAUUUGGAAGGUGGUGUUAUUCGAGAGGAGGGCAGCUACAGUAUAGCGGCCGUGCCCACCUGCGCCGAUCGAUGCCCGCGAUGCCGACGCUACACGGCGGAGUCGCCAGAUUGCCUGUGCCCACGCUGUCAGACUGUUCUCGCCAAAGCUUAGGAAUGGAUCAUCGCCAUGGAAACUUGCUGCUUACGUCCUUACGCUAAGCAAUGGGUCACACAAAGGGCUUCCCAAAGACUUUACAACUUCAUGAUGUUGAGGAUGUUUACUGUAUUUAUAUUAGAAUGGAGUGCACUGAAGUUGAGUCUAGCAAGGAGGCCAGUCAAAGGGUGUUUUACUUUUGUGUAUAUAUCAAGAAGGAGUUGUCGACAGAAGCGUCACUAUGUGAUUAUGACAGCAGGACAUGACGCAUCUACCUUUUGUGUAAUAAAUCAUGUAAAUCA